AUGGAGAUCGUGGCAGUAGAUCGAUGGUUGCAACUCUCAGCGGUUGACGAAGACGAGAGCGAGGCUGUAGCCAUCAGCUGCGUCGAAUUUCUACUAUCGGAGACCAAUGCGUACUACCAGCAGAAAUGCCUCGCUCAAGAAACAUUUCAGUCUGUGAGCUCCCAAUUACGGGACAACGUGAUGGAAACAGUUUUCACUGCAGCUCUCGAAGCUGAGCAAGCGCUUAGCGACGACCGGUUCCAACCGGAAAGUAGACCAGAAUCCGAGGCUAAAGACCGACAUGCUGUGCGCUGCGUCCCAUCCAAAAGCCCCGAGAAACCUGUGUCUACACCGAGUGCACUACCGUCCAAAAUGUCCUCAUCUCCAGCUUCCCAUGUCGGCAGUUCACCCGAUAAUUUACGAACCCGAACUGGGGUGUCGCCUACGCGGAGGACGCGAAAAGGUCGUGGGACGGAGAAGACAACGCCCCCUAUCCAGAUCAUCGAGAAAGAAAAAGAUCCGGACGAUGAGAAACCUGACGUGAAGGCAUGGCGUGAUAAGUGUCUGAAAACACUCGAGACAUCUACCAAGAAGACUGGAUUUGCGAAGUGGGCCAACAUUGCUCGGGUCUUCGCUGUCUCCGAGCCUCGAGUAUCAAUGGAAGUUAGCAUGAUCUCAGCUCCUGCUCCGAACGUGGUGGAGGCUCUAGCGGCAACACCUGUAUGCAUGAAAACCAAUGUGGACAGCUUCUCGUCAAUCUCAGACGCUAAAGAGUCUACCGAGCAACCGCUUACUACUAGAGACGAUCUCGGAACCUCCAGCCAAUGUCCAGUAUCGCUGAGACCCAACAGCAGUCCAAGCGGAGAUCUCAGUCAGCAGACGUUACCGACGUAA